UAACUGAGGGUCGAAUUGAACUAACGCUACUAAAAUAGUCCUAAAUGAACAAUGAAGUCAAUUAUUGGUUGCCGUUACGUAGUAGCCAAUGAAAAAUUCAAAUAAAAUUACAUACGCAUAAUGCCUUUUCCCUAUCGAAGAAAGUUGCACGAGAUGAGAGAAGAGAAGUUUGCAAGUACGUGAAAAAAGUUUGAAAAAGAAAAUCUCAAAUCUAAACAGAUAAAUAUGGCGGAAGAUGUGCAGCUUUCAUCUUUGCAGACAGAUAAAUUAGUACAAUUCCAGGAGUUAACAGGAAUAGAGGACAUAGAACGAUGUCGAAAUAUACUCGAAUCUCACAAUUGGGAUUUAGAGGUUGCCACUCAAGUUACGUUGAAUAUGCUAGAAGGAUCUCCUUCUGCUUAUAGACCGCUUCCAAGAACACCUCCAUCUGUUAUUGCUAGCCCACCAGAUCAAAGGGUUUUUCUAGCUAUUAGUCCUUACCGGCCUUCUACUAUUUUAGGAUGGGGAUACUUAUUUAUUUCAUUUCCAUUUCAAUUUAUGUAUUCUACAUUUAUAAGACUUGCAAGAUUUGCAUUGAGUUUCAUCAGAGCAGAUCCUAGAAGAAUUUUAACUGAUCCUCUUAGAGAUGUAUCAAUUUUUAUACAAAAUUAUGAAGAAAAAUAUGGAACAGUGCAUCCUAUAUUUUACAGAGGAACUUAUUAUCAAGCUGUUAAUGAUGCAAAGCAAGAUUUGAAGUUUUUAUUAGUAUAUUUGCAUGGUGAUGACCAUCAAGAUACUGAUCAAUUUUGUAGUACAGUAUUAUCCAAUCCUGAAGUUGUGAAUUUUGUGAAUACAUCUUUUAUCUUUUGGGGUUGCUCUGUUAAUUCUCCUGAAGGUUAUCGAGUAUCUCAAACUUUGCCUUUUACAGUGUCUCAAGCAUUGCGAGAAAAUACUUAUCCAUUCCUAGCUAUUAUUGUUUUAAGAGAUAACAGAAUGACUGUUGUGGCUCGGAUUGAAGGUCAAACUGAUCCUUCACUGCUUAUUGAGCGUCUUCAAUUAAUAAUGAAUGAUAAUGAAGCUUCACUGAUUGCUGCAAGACAUGAAAGGCAUGAACGAUCUGUUACCCAGUCUAUUAGACAACAGCAAGAUGAAGCUUACCAAGAAUCAUUGAGAGCUGAUCAAGAGAAAGAAAAAAAGAGGCGAGAGGAGCAGGAGUUGAAGGCUCAAAAGGAAUUGGAAGAGAGAAAUAAGAUUAUUGAAGAACAAAAAAGAAAAGAGGAAAUACAGAGGAGAAAAAUAGCUCUUUUGGAUGAAAUGCCUUCCGAGCCACCUGAAGAUAAUCCCCAUACUGUUCGACUGAAGAUUAAACUUCCUACUGGUACCAUGCUUGAACGAAGGUUUGAACAAGACCAGUCUCUUAAGUUUCUAUAUUACUUUGUGUUUUGCCAUGCUGAAUCUCCGAACAGUUUCCAAAUUGUUUCAAACUUUCCGAGAAGAAAAGUGCCAUGUGAACCCACAGAAAGCAAUCCAGACCCUCCGACUUUUGCCGAAUUCGGUUUUGGUAGCUCGGAAAUGUUGCUUGUUCAUGAUUUAGAGGCAUGAAACAAGUUGUUGAUAUGAAUACUUACAUCAUGGAAGGACUCUUAAAGCACGGCAUACAUGCCGAACAUAAGGGUUUCUUUUGCAUUGUUUGUACAGUUUGAUGGAAAAGCAGCAACUUCUAAAUGAGACUUAACAAUUUUUUCUAUUGUCAACUGUUAGCUCAUAACAUCAUUACAUUUGUCCAGAAAAGUGUUGCAUUUCAGUGAUAUUUUCAGCUUUUCUUGGUUUUAAUAAAAUAAAUGGUGCAAUUUAAAUCAUUCAAUGAUUUCUUUUUAUUGUUUCUUGCUUUAAUUGUAUUACAGUUACAGUGUCAUGUUUAAAAAUAUAAAAUUCUGUAAUCUUAAAAUGUGAAUGUUUCAUUAUGAAUGUUUUUCUGGAGUGACAAAAAAACUUCGAGAUUUUAUCACAUCUGUAAAAAAAAUUGAUAGCCUGAAUUAAUUUUACUAAUACUAAUAGGAUAUUAAUACACCUCUUAAAAGUCAUAAGUAAAUAUAAUUUGAAUUGAAACAUUGAAAGCAAUUUAAUUUUUUGUUGCUGUGUGCAUUUUUUUAAAUGAAAUAUUUUGUGCAUUCAUCUAAUUACGCUAUUUAAAUUUGUUUCAUUUAAUUUUUAGUUAUGAUUAAUUUUUAUAAAAAAAUUAUGAUUUUGUAAAUUUAGCAAUCAUUUGUUCUAAAAUUAUCAGAUAUAUUAAUUUUGUUGAUUAUAAAAUUUCUUUCAUUGUUGACAAUUAUUAAUGUUUGAGCUUUUGUACAAAAAUUCAGUCGUUUGUGGAAGAGGUUUUUUAUUUAUUUAUUUUUUGCAAAUUUAAUUAUUUGCUAGUAAAUAUUUAAAUAUUUAAUUGCAUUCCAAUACUUAAGUCAAUUUUUUUCAUUAAAUUCUUUUUAAGUUAUCUAAUAACUAUUUUUUUAAAAUAUUAAUGCAGUCUAAUAGUUCAAAUAGCUUGUAUGAACACAUAAAUCCUUCAUUAAUGUAAUAUUGAAUUAUCUUAUUUUUUUGCAUUUAUGUAAAUAUUCAGUUUUUCAAAAUAAUUUGCAGGGUAAUUGCGCUUUUUGAUUUGAAAACUUUCAUGUGUCAGUAAGUGGACCUUUUCUUUUUAACCUUUUCAAACUGGUACGGUUGUUAUGUUUGAUACAUAAUUUUCCUUAAAAUCCUUAAUUUGUAUGUUUUUAAAAGCAAUACACUUAUGCCAAAAAUUUGGAUAGAUUUUAAUCGUAACUUUUGAAUUCUAAUAAAUAAUAUAAAUACAGUAGUCUCUGGACUUUGGAGACAAUGAUUUUGAUAGCAUUAACCAAUUGAUAACAAUAAAUAAAUUGCGAAAUUAAAUUGGAUAAAUUUUCCAAUUUAAGCCACACAGGUAUCUGAAGGAUGUUCUUACAAUUCCGAAUUACAGUCUUAGAGUUUUUUAAUUUUGCUCAUCUUUACCAGCUCUCCUUCAUUUGCAAUCUAUGUUUUCAUUUUGUUUUUCCCUUUUAAUAAGAUCAUUACAAUUUUUCAAUAUUUUGCAUCUUAUAAGUUAAGAGAGUUUUAAUUGUGCUGCGAGAUGUUGCGUCCACUCAUUUUAGCUAAUCCGUCAUAAAGAUUUCAAUCUUUUAAUUAAUUGUAAAAUCAGUUGGCUAUCUGCUAUCCAUAUUGUGUAACUUUUUGUAAUCGAGCGGAGCACGUAAUUUUGACAAAUUCGUUCUCCGUUCAGAUUAGACACUACUCUUCUGACACAUAGAGAAAAUUAUCAUUUAGAAUUAACAGGUAAUUUUGACAUUCUUGUCCACCUGCAGUUGAAAAAUCACCUCUAGUAAUUCUCAGAAAUUUAAGCAGUGUAAGGAAAGAGAAGAACAGGUUUCUAUUGAAUUUAAGAUGAUUUUCAACAAGAAAGUAAUAAUAAUAAUCAAUAAAUAAACUAAUAACUUUAAGUGAUGUAAUGAACACAGAAGCAAUCCUUUUUGCAUAUAAAUGAAUGACUAAAGAUAAUCGGAACUAAGGAUUUUGGUAAUGAACAGCAAUUGAUAACAUUAACCACAAUCAGAUUAAUCGGAGACUACUGUAUAUAUAUAUAUGUUUUCUAUAUUUUAGCAAUAAGUCAUUGCUUUAUGUAUAAAAUCAAAGCAAGUCUCUUAAGGUACAGUUAAAUCUGUGUAAAUUGUCCACUUGUGAUCAACUUAUGUAGAAGGGUGAGUUAUACUUUUUUUUUAUAUCAUAGUAUUCUUACAUACCUAAGAAAAGCAUAUAUAGUAUACAUUAUUAGGUAUGUUAACAGUUCCCCAACCUUAAUGGGGGUUUAGUACUAUUUUACCAACACAGUGAAAUUAUAAUGCAUAACUCAGUGAAAUUAAAAGUUUUUGUUUCUUGUUGGACAAUGAUGGGUUUAGAUUAGCAAUCAUCAACUCAAGUUUAAUUUUUUCCCCCAUCAUCAGUCAACACGCAAGAUAAACAUACUACAAAGGUUUUACUCACUUUUAUUAUUUAGGAUAAAUUUGGUUCUUGAUAAUAGGGAUCAAUUUAGACAUGUGGUCAACUGGACAGAUUUCACUGUGCCGAUAUUAUAGAGUGUCUCGUGUUUAAUUUAGAAACCAAUUUUGCUAAUUUCUUUUUUGAUUUUUAAAUGUUAUAAAAUAUAAUUAUACAGUAUUGAGUCAUUGUUUACUCUGAAAAAUUUAUUUAUCUAGUCUAUAUUGUUUAAUAAUUUAGUCAUGGAAUUAAUGUUGUAUUUUAAAGCAAAACUCAUUUCAUUUAGUUCUUUUCCUCUCUUUAAUUAUCUUUAAUAUUCUUUUUAUUUAAAUAUUUAUUAUUGAUUAAUAUUUAAUACAAUAGUCUUGUUUUUUCCUGGUUAGAAUUAUCUGUCAACAAUCUUUUUCAAGUGCCUGUGUAGUUAUUUUGAUUAUAAUUAUGCUGUUUUAGGUAAGAAACGCUGUGUAGCUUUUUAAGUUUUUGAAUAUCUGUAAUGAAAGGCGCCUCACAUUGUAUCUAUCGAGACACACAUUUCUUUGCAAGAAUCAUGUCAAUAUUUUAUGUCUGGAGAAAAUAAAUUUUUUACGAAACACA